CCGCGGAUUCCUUUUAGUCUUUUUCUCGUACCAAUCCAGCUGCCUAUAUAUCCACCUUGUAUAUUAUCGUCUAGGGGAGGAAGAGCUCAAACACGCAAUCUGCUCACUUCUUUUCGUCCAUCUCUCUCCACACACCCUCUGCCAAGACUAGCCCAACUAGCCAACAAAUGCUGUGGCUUCCUCUCUCCCUGCUCGUUCUGAGCGCAUUGGCGCACGCCAGCCGUCUGCAACCGCGCAUCAUGGGUGGCCGAACCGCCAGCAAAGGCGAGUAUCCGUUCGUGGUAUACAUGCAUAACGGCGCCGAGAAGACCUUCUGCGGCGGGUCGAUCAUCGGACAGCAAUGGAUUCUGACUGCCGCCCACUGCAUCAAGACCGCCAAGGCCAACGACAUAACCGUGGCCAAGGUCGUGGUGCACCCGCAGUACAACGACAACUCGAUGGUCAACGACAUCGCGAUGCUGCAGCUCUCUACCAACAUCACCUGGUCGGACUCGGUCCAGCCCAUCGAUAUCGACACGGCCAGCGUUACCGCGCUUGGCUGGGGGUUCACGUCGCCGACCGGGAAAUCAGCCUCGAAGGACUUGAAAGAGGGCCCUUUGACUACUCCAGUCCAUACGCAGUUCAACGGCAAUAACGGGAAACGCAUUUGUGUCGCUGGCGAUACUGGCACCGAUACCUGUCCCGGCGACAGUGGCGGCCCGCUGAUCCGCCAGGUCAAUGGCAAGAACAUGCUGCUUGGAAUCACUAGCUUCGGAACCGCCGGCCCAGGUGCCUCGAUCACGGUGAACUGCGGCGGCGCCGGCAUGGUCAGCUUGUUUACUCACGCCAAUGCCUUCCUGUCGUAUAUCCAAACAACCACAAGGUUUGACGAAUCCCAAUUCAACAGCUCAGGUGCUGCCUCGCAUUUUUCCAAGCACUCUCUGUCCUCAAGUCUCCUUGUCAUCAUCGGCAUCACAGUUGCCGCAACACUCUUCUAGCCAGCUUCUCUCAGCUCUGCCAUCUUCCAAC